AUGCAGCAGGUUUCGAAGACUGUGGCUGUUUCGGGGGAGUUGCUUCUUUGGUUCGAGGAGGGCCACUCGGGGCUACCUUCGAAUGAACCUUUUGGGUGUUACCGGCAGUCUGCUUCUCACUCACAUUUCGCUCCCCCCUCUCGCUUCCUUUUGCCUGACGCUGGCGUUGCACUUUUCCCGGAGCCGCCAGGACUUUGUACCCCCGACUUUGGCUUCGUCUUAGGAAAUUCUCCAACGAUGUCACCACACUUGGAAAUGAAGGGCAAGUUGCGUUUCUGGCUAAGAGGGAUGGCUUUCUCUUCCGAAACCAAGCCCACAAGACGAGCCGUUGUAGGAGGCAGUCUGUCCCCGGGAAAGGAUUGGAACUCACGAAAGGAAGAGAGACAGCGGUUCCAGUAA